CUAUGGGGCAGGCACAUGGUCCCAUGCCCAGACAAAAGGCUGUGUGAUGUGUGACUGUAUCCAAUCAGGCAGUAGGGUAGGUAGCAUGUGAGAGAUUGUGUGUGAGAGAGCUGUAGAAUGAUUCUGCACACUCUGGAACCAAUGGGCCCCGGUCAAAGCAUGCACUAUAGAAUGGGUUGCAUUUAGACUCCUGGAGUAAAUAUCAGCACUAGAAUGUUCGGCCACACCUCGACUCUGUAUGUUAAAUGUUUGCAGGCCACCUCUGACUCUGUAGGUUAUGGGCAGGCCACACUGACUCUGUAGUGUAGUAGCAGGCACACCUCUGACUGUAGUGUAAUGUCUGCAGGCCACACCUCUGUCUGGUAGGUUAAUGUAGGCAGGCAAUGACUUGUAGUGUAGUAGGCAGGCCCACCUUGACUUGUAGGUAAUGUGUGCAGCCACACUCUGGACUCUGUAGUGUUAAGUAUGCAGGCCAAACUUGGACUCUGAGUGUUAAUUGUGCAGGCCACACCUUAACUCUGUAGUUUAUGUAGCAGGCCACAUCUGACUUGAGUGUAAUGUUGCAGGCCACACCUCUGACUCUGUAGUGUUAAUGUAGGCAGGCCACACCUCUGACUCUGUAGUGUUAAUGUGUGCAGGCCACACCUCUGACUCUGUAGUGUUAAUGUAUGCAGGCCACACCUCUGACUCUGUAGUGUUAAUGUGUGCAGGCCACACCUCUGACUCUGUAGUGUUAAUGUUGCAGGCCACACCUCUGACUCUGUAGUGUUAAUGUAGCAGGCCACACCUCUGACUCUGUAGUGUUAAUGUUGCAGGCCACACCUCUGACUCUGUAGUGUUAAUGUAUGCAGGCCACACCUCUGACUCUGUAGUGUUAAUGUAUGCAGGCCACACCUCUGACUCUGUAGUGUUAAUGUAUGCAGGCCACACCUCUGACUCUGUAGUGUUAAUGUAUGCAGGCCACACCUCUCACUCUGUAUGUUAAUGUAUGCAGCCACACCUCUGACCUCUGACCUCCUAGUGUUCAUGUUUUGCAGGCCCACCUCUGACUCUUAGUGUUAAUUUAGGACAGGCCACACCUCUACUCUGUAGAUGUUAAUGUUAAGGCAGGCACACCUCUGACUCUGUAGUGUUAUGUAUGCAGGCCACACCUCUGACUCGGUAGUGUUAAUGUCUGCAGGCCCCACCUCUGACUAUUUCGGUUAAUGUAGGGCAGGCCCACCUCUACUCUGUAGUGUUAUGUAGGCAGGCCACACCUCUGACUCUGUAGUGUGUAAUGUGUGGCAAGGCCACACUCUGCACUGUAGUGUUAAUAGUAUGCAGGCCACACCUCUGACUCUGUAUGGGUAUAUGUGUGCAGGCCACACCUCUGACCUGUAGUGUUAAUGGUAUGGCAGGCCACACCCUGACUCUGUAGUGUUAAAUGUUUUGCAGGCCACACCCCUCUGACUCUGUAGUGUUAAUGUAGGCAGGCCACACCUCUGACUCUGUAGUGUUAAUGGUGUGCAGGCCACACCUCUGACUCUGUAGUGUUAAUGUAUGCAGGCCACACCUCUGACUCUGUAGUGUUAAUGUGUGCAGGCCACACCUCUGACUCUGUAGUGUUAAUGUUUGCAGGCCACACCUCUGACUCUGUAGUGUUAAUGUAGGCAGGCCACACCUCUGACUCUGUAGUGUUAAUGUUUGCAGGCCACACCUCUGACUCUGUAGUGUUAAUGUAUGCAGGCCACACCUCUGACUCUGUAGUGUUAAUGUAUGCAGGCCACACCUCUGACUCUGUAGUGUUAAUGUAUGCAGGCCACACCUCUGACUCUGUAGUGUUAAUGUAUGCAGGCCACACCUCUCACUCUGUAUGUUAAUGUAUGCAGACCACACCUCUGACUCUGUAGUGUUAAUGUUUGCAGGCCACACCUCUGACUCUGUAGUGUUAAUGUAGGCAGGCCACACCUCUGACUCUGUAGUGUUAAUGUUUGCAGGCCACACCUCUGACUCUGUAGUGUUAAUGUAUGCAGGCCACACCUCUGAACUAUGUAGUGUUAAUGUUGUGCAGGCCACACCUCUGACUCUGUAGUGUUAAUGUAUGCAGGCCACACCUCUGACUCUGUAGUGUUAAUGUUGCAGGCCACACCUCUGACUCUGUAGUGUUAAUGUGUGCAGGCCACACCUCUGACUCUGUAGUGUUAAUGUAUGCAGGCCACACCUCUGACUCUGUAGUGUUAAUGUUUGCAGGCCACACCUCUGACUCUGUAGUGUUAAUGUAGGCAGGCCACACCUCUGACUCUGUAGUGUUAAUGUGUGCAGGCCACACCUCUGACUCUGUAGUGUUAAUGUAUGCAGGCCACACCUCUGACUCUGUAGUGUUAAUGUGUGCAGGCCACACCUCUGACUCUGUAGUGUUAAUGUUGCAGGCCACACCUCUGACUCUGUAGUGUUAAUGUAGCAGGCCACACCUCUGACUCUGUAGUGUUAAUGUUGCAGGCCACACCUCUGACUCUGUAGUGUUAAUGUAUGCAGGCCACACCUCUGACUCUGUAGUGUUUAAUGUAUGCAGGCCACACCUCUGAAUAAUGUAGUGUUAAUGUUUGCAGGCCACACCUCUGACUCUGUAGUGUUAAUGUAUGCAGGCCACACCUCUGACUCUGUAGUGUUAAUGUAUGCAGGCCACACCUCUGACUCUGUAGUGUUAAUGUUUGCAGGCCACACCUCUGACUCUGUAGUGUUAAUGUAGGCAGGCCACACCUCUGACUCUGUAGUGUUAAUGUUUGCAGGCCACACCUCUGACUCUGUAGUGUUAAUGUAUGCAGGCCACACCUCUGAAUAAUGUAGUGUUAAUGUUUGCAGGCCACACCUCUGACUCUGUAGUGUUAAUGUAUGCAGGCCACACCUCUGACUCUGUAGUGUUAAUGUAUGCAGGCCACAACCUCUGACUCUGUAGUGUUAAUGUUUGCAGGCCACACCUCUGACUCUGUAGUGUUAAUGUAGGCAGGCCACACCUCUGACUCUGUAGUGUUAAUGUUUGCAGCCCACACCUCUGACUCUGUAGUGUUAAUGUAUGCAGGCCACACCUCUGAAUAAUGUAGUGUUAAUGUUUGCAGGCCACCACAUCUGACUCUGUAGUGUUAAUGUAUGCAGGCCACACCUCUGACUCUGUAGUGUUAAUGUAUGCAGGCCACACCUCUGACUCUGUAGUGUUAAUGUUUGCAGGCCACACCUCUGACUCUGUAGUGUUAAUGUAUGCAGGCCACAUCUCUGACUCUGUAGUGUUAAUGAAUGCAGGCCACACCUCUGACUCUGUAGUGUUAAUGUAGGCAGGCCACACCUCUGACUAAUGUAGUGUUAAUGUAUGCAGGCCACACCUCUGACUAAUGUAGUGUUAAUGUAUGCAGGCCACACCUCUGACUCUGUAGUGUUAAUGUAUGCAGGCCACACCUCUGAAUAAUGUAGUGUUAAUGUAUGCAGGCCACACCUCUGACUAAUGUAGUGUUAAUGUAUGCAGGCCACACCUCUGACUCUGUAGUGUUAAUGUAUGCAGGCCACACCACUGACUCUGUAGUGUUAAUGUUGCAGGCCACACCUCUGACUAAUGUAGUGUUAAUGUAUGCAGGCCACACUCUGACUAUGUAGUGUUAAUGUAUGCAGGCCACACCUCUGACUAAUGUAGUGUUAAUGUAUGCAGGCCACACCUCUGACUCUGUAGUGUUAAUGUAUGCAGGCCACACCUCUGACUCUGUAGUGUUGAUGUUUGCAGGCCACACCUCUGACUCUGUAGUGUUAAUGUAUGCAGGCCACACCACUGACUCUGUAGUGUUAAUGUUUGCAGAUAACACAUGCAGUCAUCUCCUGCUGUAGAGUGUCAACUAAUAUGUUCUGCACUGCACUGCCACCAACCCCCCUAUGCUGCUACAGAAUUAUUGGGAAAACAAGUGUUUAUAUUGGAGGAGGUGACAUCCUAUGACAUCGUAACAUUAAAAUCAAGGACAUUAAGGACUCCCAGCAUUAUGUUGAAUGCAGACAAACAUGCGACACAUCAUUAAGGACUCCCAGCAUUGUGUUGAAUGCAGACAGACAUACGACACAACAUUUAGCUUCACACAAUACAUAGAUUUUCCUAUUGUGCAUAAUUAUACAGUUAUACAACAACGGCUACUACUUGUUAAGUAUAAACACUUCAUCUGUUGAUUGAUUGUGAUGACAUCAUAGUUCCAGUCCAGUGAUGGCCUUGUGGCUGGAGGACAGACUGGUCCUUUUAGUCCCCAUUAGGUUUAGGGUUAAACCCAAUUAGCUGAUUUCACACAUGGGUUCCCUCUACUCUAUAUCAGGGCUACAAUGUAUCAGUCCCUUGUCUCUAGUAUAUCAGGGCUACAACAUAUCAGUGUCUUGUCUCUAGUAUAUCAGGGCUACAACGUAUCAGUGUCUUGUCUCUAGUAUAUCAGGGCUACAACAUAUCAGUGCCUUGUCUCUAGUAUAUCAGGGCUACAACAUAUCAGUGCCUUGUCUCUAGUAUAUCAGGGCUACAACAUAUCAGUGCCUUGUCUCUAGUAUAUCAGGGCUACAACGUAUCAGUGCCUUGUCUCUAGUAUAUCAGGGCUACAACGUAUCCGUGCCUUGUCUCUAGUAUAUCAGGGCUACAACGUAUCAGUGUCUUAUCUCUAGUAUAUCAGGGCUACAACGUAUCCGUGCCUUGUCUCUAGUAUAUCAGGGCUACAACGUAUCAGUGCCUUGUCUCUAGUAUAUCAGGGCUACAACGUAUCAGUGUUCUUGUCUCUAGUAUAUCAGGGCUACAAACGUAUCAGUGUCUUGUCCUCUAGUAUAUCAGGGCUACAACGUAUCAGUGCCUUGUCUCUAGUAUAUCAGGGCUACAACGUAUCAGUGUCUUGUCUCUAGUAUAUCAGGGCUACAACGUAUCAGUGCCUUGUCUCUAGUAUAUCAGGGCUACAACGUAUCAGUGUCUUGUCUCUAGUAUAUCAGGGCUACAAACGUAUCAGUGUCUUGUCUCUAGUAUAUCAGGGCUACAACGUAUCAGUGCCUUGUCUCUAGUAUAUCAGGGCUACAACGUAUCAGUGUCUUGUCUCUAGUAUAUCAGGGCUACAACGUAUCAGUGUCUUGUCUCUAGUAUAUCAGGGCUACAACGUAUCAGUGCCUUGUCUCUAGUAUAUCAGGGCUACAACGUAUCAGUGCCUUGUCUCUAGUAUAUCAGGGCUACAACGUAUCAGUGUCUUGUCUCUAGUAUAUCAGGGCUACAACGUAUCAGUGUCUUGUCUCUAGUAUAUCAGGGCUACAACGUAUCAGUACCUUGUCUCUAGUAUAUCAGGGCUACAACGUAUCAGUGUCUUGUCUCUAGUAUAUCAGGGCUACAACGUAUCAGUGUCUUGUCUCUAGUAUAUCAGGGCUACAACGUAUCAGUGUCUUGUCUCUAGUAUAUCAGGGCUACAACGUAUCAGUGUCUUGUCUCUACUAUAUCAGGGCUACAACGUAUCAGUGUCUUGUCUCUAGUAUAUCAGGGCUACAAACGUAUCAGUGUCUUGUCUCUAGUAUAUCAGGGCUACAACGUAUCAGUGUCUUGUCUCUAGUAUAUCAGGGCUACAACGUAUCAGUGUCUUGUCUCUAGUAUAUCAGGGCUACAACGUAUCAGUGUCUUGUCUCUAGUAUAUCAGGGCUACAACGUAUCAGUGUCUUGUCUCUAGUAUAUCAGGGCUACAACGUAUCAGUGCCUUGUCUCUAGUAUAUCAGGGCUACAACAUAUCAGUGCCUUGUCUCUAGUAUAUCAGGGCUACAACGUAUCAGUGCCUUGUCUCUAGUAUAUCAGGGCUACAACGUAUCAGUGCCUUGUCUCUAGUAUAUCAGGGCUACAACGUAUCAGUGCCUUGUCUCUAGUAUAUCAGGGCUACAACGUAUCAGUGCCUUGUCUCUAGUAUAUCAGGGCUACAACGUAUCAGUGCCUUGUCUCUAGUAUAUCAGGGCUACAACGUAUCAGUGUCUUGUCUCUAGUAUAUCAGGGCUACAACGUAUCAGUGUCUUGUCUCUAGUAUAUCAGGGCUACAACGUAUCAGUGCCUUGUCUCUAGUAUAUCAGGGCUACAACGUAUCAGUGCCUUGUCUCUAGUAUAUCAGGGCUACAACGUAUCAGUGCCUUGUCUCUAGUAUAUCAGGGCUACAACGUAUCAGUGUCUUGUCUCUAGUAUAUCAGGGCUACAACAUAUCAGUGCCUUGUCUGUGUCCCAGCUAUGUCUGUGGACAAUAUGCACUGAGAAAUCUCAGCUACAUCCCGAACUGUGCAUUAUAGAUUGAUUCCAUAGACAAUAUGUAUAAUACUGUUCUAAAAGUAUCUAUGUGGCAUCUCCUCCCUGAAGCCUUAUCUCACACGCCUGAAGUUCUCGCUGUCCACACAUGACUACCCUCAGCUGAGCACAGGGCACGAUUCACCAACAUGACCUCACUUUGUACCCUGCCAGUCAAUAGACCGUAGUGUACUGUACUGAAUGAUGAUUGAAUCAUACCUUAUUGUGAUUUGAUUACAUCAUCUGUUAAAUAAAGGUACACUGAAGCUCAGAUUAUGUGGUUCCAUCCCAGUGCACUUCUUCUGAACAGGGCCUAUAGAGCUCUGGUCAAAAGUAGUGCACUAUGUAGGGAAUAGGGUGCCAUUUGGAACGUAUCCCAGUACUGGCUGACUGCAUGAAGGACUUACGAAGAGGACUGAAGGAUAUCACACAGAGACAACUCGAUUAUUAGUCAAUUAUUGCAUUAGCGUGGUCAUCCGUGUGUGUGAGAGUGUGUCUGUGUGUGUGAGAGUGUGUCCGUGUGUGUGAGAGUGUGUCAGUGUGUGUGAGAGUGUGUCCGUGUGUGUGAGAGUGUGUCUGUGUGUGUGAGAGUGUGUCUGUGUGUGUGAGAGUGUGUCUGUGUGUGUUAGAGUGUGUCUGUGUGUGUGAGAGUGUGUCUGUGUGUGUUAGAGUGUGUCUGUGUGUGAGAGUGUGUCUGUGUGCGUGUGAUUGCGUCUGUGCGUGUGAUUGCAGGCUCUGGGCUUUCUUUGUAUCAGAGACUGCUUGUUAUCAUGAUAAAAUAAAACAACUUAUGUAGAUUUACAUUUGGAUGAGAUGAGUGUAUCAUUGAACCCGGACUCACUACAUCAGAAGUGAAAAUUGGUCAGUAGGACUAGGGAAUCUCUAUCUGUGAGCAGGGCACCAUCUAGUGUUAGGGAGAGUAGAGAUCUCUAUCUUGAAAGGGAAUAGGGUGCCAUUUGCAGCGUUGCAGCUCUUGACACAAACCGUUGCACCUGACACCUACUACCAAACUCAGUUUGUUUUGUCCAGAAGGACCUGUGAGUUGUUCCAUUGGAAGAGGACAUUGUCGUUGUAAUAUCCUUGCCCUCAGCACAAUGUGAAGGGUCACAUCAUGAGUUGAUACUGUUUUUAGUCUCUGAUUAUUUUUAUCACAUUUUUAUAUCAUCCUUAGAUGUUUCUAUGUGUUUGUCAUCUUUCCCCAGGGUAUGGAAAUGGCUAGCUCUGGUCCAGGGUGUUACUGUGCAUUCCUCGUUAGUGGAGAGACUAAUGCCGUGGACCAGAGUUAGGAAAUUACUCAUUUUAGUUUUGGUUUGAACCCCAUUGACACCACAUUGUUUAUUAUUUCUCUCUCUGUGUGUCUUGAAAGAAAAUAAAAAACGUGCAGACUGCGCUUACCAGCCUUGCCAGUAUCACUUGUGUUUAUUAAGCUUACCAGCCUUGCCAGUAUCACUUGUGUUUAUUAAGCUUACCAGCCUUGCCAGUAUCACUUGUGUUUAUUAAGCUUACCAGCCUUGUCAGUAUCACUUGUGUUUAUUAAGCUUACCAGCCUUGCCAGUAUCACUUGUGUUUAUUAAGCUUACCAGCCUUGUCAGUAUCACUUGUGUUUAUUAAGCUUACCAGCCUUGCCAGUAUCACUUGUGUUUAUUAAGCUUACCAGCCUUGCCAGUAUCACUUGUGUUUAUUAAGCUUACCAGCCUUGUCAGUAUCACUUGUGUUUAUUAAGCUUACCAGCCUUGCCAGUAUCACUUGUGUUUAUUAAGCUUACGUGUUGGCCUCACAACCUUGGUCAGACAGUGACUCCAGCCCUGAGUGAACACGUUGGUUAUCAUUUCUCUCUCUGUACAUCUGACUGACAGUGACUCAGUUAGCACCUUGGUUAGGAGCAACAGUGACUCUGUCUCUCUCUGACAGUGACUCAAAGAAUGUUUGAGUGAGCAUGCUGUUUAUAAUCUCUCUCUCUGACAGUGACCCCAGGGCCAACGCUGGUCCUGCUCCCCUGAUUGGAGGUUGGGCACGGCAGAGGUCAUGUCAGAGGUCACGGCACACAUGGACAGCAUGGAGGUUAAGGACGAGUGGCAGGAUGAAGACUUCCCCAGGUAACACAUAAACAAAUAAAUGAAUGAGUAAUGCAUAGUGUAAGACUUCCCCAGGUGUAGCGAUUUAUGAGGAAAUUAUCAGAGCAGGGUUUGAACCAGCAACCGUGUGUUUAUGGGACGAGUGCACUACAACCUAUGCCAUAAAAGCCUGGGUCUCUUGGCAGAGGCAACUAACCUACAUACAGGGUGGCUAUAUUGGCACCCUCAGUAUUUUCACAUUCUGUUUUCUGUUUAAUUCUAUCAGAGACGUUUUGUAAUGUUUGAUUUCAUGUCAUGGGGUUCGACUCUCAACCUCAAAUGUAUAAAGUAUAAAACAGUACUGUAAUUACACAGUUAUUACAGUGAAUGUAAGUGAUUAGUGAUUAGCAUGAAGAGAGAUGAUGGGUAGUACUACAUUGACAUACAGUGCCUUCAGAAAUUAUUCACACCCCUUGACUUAUUCUACAUUUUGUUGUGUUACAGCCUGAAUUUAAAAUGGAUUGAACUGAGAUUUUUUGUCACUGGCCUACACAAAAUACUCCAUAAUGUCAAAAGUGUAAUUAUGUUUUUUUAUUUUUUUUACAGAUUAAUAACAAAUGAAAAGCUGAAAUGUCUUGAGUUAAUAAAUAUUCACAACCCUUUGUUAUGGCAAGCCUAAAUAAGUUCAGGCGUAAAAAUGUGCUUAACAAGUCACAUAAUAAGUUGCAUGGACUUACUCCGUGUGCAAUAAUAGUGUUUAACAUGAUUUUUGAAUGACUACCUCAUCUCUCUACCCCACACUUACAAUUAUCUGUAAGGUCCCUCGGUCGAGCAGUGAAUUUCAAACACAGAUUCAACCACAAAGACCAGGGAGGUUUUCUAAUGCCUCGCAAAGAAGGGCACCUAUUGGUAGACGGGUAAAAAAAAAGCAGACAUUGAAUAUCCCUUUGAGCAUGGUGAAGUUAUUAAUUACACUAUGGGUGGUGUAUCAAUACACCCAGUCACUACAAAGAUACAGGUGGCCUUCCUAACUAAGUUGCCGGAAAGGAAGGAAACCACUCACGGAUUUCACCAUGAGGCAAAAAUGAAAAUGUAUGCACUCACUACUGUAAGUCACUCUGGAUGAGAGCGUCUGCUAAAAUGUCCUUAAUACAAAGUGUUAUGUUUGGGGUAAAUGCAAUACAACACAUUACUGAGUACCACGCUCCAUAUUUUCAAGCAUAGUGGUGGCUGCAUUAUGUUAUGGGUAUGCUUGUAAUUGUUAAGAACUGGUGAGUUUUUCAGGAUAAAAAAGAAAGCGAACGGAGCUAAGCACAGACAAAAUCCUAGAGGAAAACCUGGUUCAGUCUGCUUUCCACCAGACACUGGGAGACUAGAGGAAAACCUGGUUCAGUCUGCUUUCCACCAGACACUGGGAGACUAGAGGAAAACCUGGUUCAGUCUGCUUUCCACCAGACACUGGGAGAUGAAUUAAUCUUUCAGCAGGACAAUAACCUAAAACACAAGGCCAAAUCUACACUGGAGUUGCUUACCAAGAAGACAGUGUGUGACGAGGUGUGAAAGAAGGAGUCAGGCGCAGGAGGUAAAACACUGAAGUCCAGAGUUUAUUCCAUUUACAUAAAUAAAACGCACCCAGCGUGAAAACGAAACUAUCACAAGGGAAAACAUCCACCUUGGCAUAAACACAGUGAAUAAUAGCUCAACCGAGCUACACGCUCUUCACAACAAAACAAUCACUCACAAAGACAAGGGGAACAGAGGGAACACUUAUACACAUACUAAUUAGGGGAAUGAGCACCAGGUGUGUGUGAUUGACAAGACAUGACAAGUGGAGUGAUGAGAAUGGGAUCGGCAGUAGCUAGUAUUCCGGUGACGACGAACGCCGAAGCCUGCCCGAACCAGGAGGGGGGGGGGCAGCCUCAGCGGAAGUCGUGACACAGUGACUGUUCCCGAGUGGCCUAGUUACAGUUUUGACUUAAAUCUACUUGAAAAUCUAUGGAACGACCUGAAAAUGGCUGUCUAGCAAUGAUCAACAACCAAUUCGACAGAGGUUGAAGAAAAUUUUUAAAGAAUAAUGGGCAAAUGUUGCACAAUCAAGCUCUUACCCAGAAAGACUCACAGCUUUAAUCGCUGCCAAAGGUGCUUCUAAUUGACUCAGGGGUGUGAAUGCUUAUGUAAAUGAGAAAUGUCUGUAUUUCAUGUUCAAUACGUUUCAAAAAAUAUGUUUUCACUUUGUCAUUAUGGGGUAUUGUGUGUAGAUGGGUGAGAUGUUUUUUAUUUAUUUAAUCCAUUUUGAUUUCAGGCUGUAACACAACACAAUGUGGAAUAAGUUAAGGGGUGUGAAUACUUUAUGAAGCAGUAUACAUGGAGGCUACACAUUCAGCUCGGACUCUCAUAACUUGAAACGGACUUAUCAUAAAACAGCCCUGUGUUACAACGGUAUAUAAUUACCCAUCAGUACGUAGACAUGGGACAGGUUUUCUGGCACACGUCUUGAAACAGGGGGAAAACAAUGGGUAGCAGGUGACUCAUUACAUCAUCAGAUUACAUCAUCAGAUUACAUCAUCAGAUUACAUAAUCAGUUAUUCACCUCAGGGUUACGCCGGGGAAGCAAAUGUUUUUUUUAAACGUGACUAAUAAAAACCCUUCACCCUUGAGGGUUGUGUUCAGUAGGCAUGAAAUGUGAGAACCAUUUUGAAACACUAAACACCUAUGCUGUACUACCUGAACCUAUCAGGAUGCAGGAUGUAGACAUGAGUUCAAUAAGGCUUGGAAUAUGGGUGCAGUUUAACUCAAGACAAGCUCAUGAAUCGUAUCUUUGAAUUGAUUGGGUUAGGGGUUAUAUCUGCAACAGACAAUAUCACAUUAUACUAUACACUGUUUUCCCUGAUUUUGACUAACUCACUAAAAACUGAACUAAGUCUGGGAUGGGUAGAGGAGUAGUGAUUCUCAUGUUCAGAGUGUAAUGAGGCAGGGUCGGACUGGGACCAGAAAUCGGCCCUGGUAUUUCUAACACACCAUCCCUUUUUUUCCUUGAGGGCCCCACACCAGCCCAUUUUUUUCCUUGAGGUCCCCAUUGUUAGAUAAUUCUAAUUUUGCGCAGAAAACCCAAGUUAGACAGGCCCAUUGAGCUAAAAAUGGACCAGCCCAUCUGACAUUUGCCCGAAAUGCCAGAUUGCGAGUCUGCCGCUAGUAGGAGGCCCAAGGGUCUACUUGACAUUCACUUUGGUUUCGUGUCUUCCUAUUGUUAUGUUUCUGAGCUGCAGCUAAGCCCCAUGUACACUAUUAUGGUGCAGCUAAGCCCCAUGUACACUAUUAUGGUGCAGCUAAGCCCCAUGUACACUAUUAUGGUGCAGCUAAGCCACAUGUACACUAUUAUGGUGCAGCUAAGCCCCAUGUACACUAUUAUGGUGCAGCUAAGCCACAUGUACACUACUAUGGUGCAGCUAAGCCCCAUGUACACUACUAUGGUGCAGCUAAGCCCCAUGUACACUAUUAUGGUGCAGCUAAGCCCCAUGUACACUAUUAUGGUGCAGCUAAGCCACAUGUACACUAUUAUGGUGCAGCUAAGCCCCAUGUACACUAUUAUGGUGCAGCUAAGCCACAUGUACACUACUAUGGUGCAGCUAAGCCCCAUGUACACUACUAUGGUGCAGCUAAGCCCCAUGUCCACUAUUAUGUGCUCCUAUCAGUAGCAUUAUCACACCCCAAUAACAGUAAUCUUUAUGGUAACCAGAGACCGAGUGGUGCAGUGUUCUAAGGCACUGCAUCUCAGUGCUAGAGGCGUCACUACAGACCCGGGUUUGAUUCCAGGCUGUAUCACAACCGGCCGUGAUCGGGAGUCCCAUAGGGUGGUGCACAAUUGGCCCAGCAUCGUCCGGGUUAGGGGAGGGUUUCGCCGGGGUAGGCUGUCAUUGUAAAUAAAAAUGUGUUCCUAACUGACUUGCCAAGAUAAAUAAAUAAAAAUAAAACUUGUUGGGGGUGGUGGUGGUGGGUGGAGAAACUGGAAUCUAGCCAUCCACCACCGGAGGUUGGUGGCACCUUAAUUUGGGAGGACAUGCUCAUGGUAAUGGCUGAAGCGGAAUAAGUAGAAUGGUAUCAAAUGGAUGCCAUUCGCUCCGUUCCAGCAAUUAUUAUGAGCCGUCCUCCCCUCAGCAGCCUCCACUGCCAUCCACCCUCUUCUUUCUUCCUGUGUUUACAGUCAGAUUCUCUUGUUAUAAUGUCAGGUGGAGAGAUUAUAACUGUUGUUAAGUUCUCUGACUCAAAACAUCCCACUGUUUCUAUCUACAGAGAACGGCCUCCUGAGUGGCGCAGUGGUCUAAGGCUGUGGCACUAGAGAUCCUGGUUCGAAUCCAGGCUCUGUCGUAGCCGGCCGCGACCGGGAGACCCAUGGGGCGGCGCACAAUUGGCCCAGCGUCGUCCAGGGUAGGGGAGGGAAUGGCCGGCAGGGAUGUAGCUCAGUUAGUAGAGCAUGGUGUUUGCAACGCCAGGGUUGUGGGUUCGAUUCCCACAGGGGGUAUGAAAAAUAAAUAAAAAUAAUGUAUGCACUCACUAACUGUAAGUCGCUCUGGAUAAGAGUGUCUGCUAAAUGACUAAAAUGUAAAUGUAACAAUAGUCUAGCUCCACAAUACCAAGGCUCUGAACUCAGAAGUGUAUUAUUACCACUAACAAUAAUUUGCUAAAACAAUUAUUAUAAUGUCUUGGCAAACCUCUCUGUCUCUGUCGUCCCUACCAGGCCUGUACCAGAAGAUGGAUACAUGGAGGACGGGGGGCUCACUGACAACACGACAAGUAAGUAGAGCAAAAAUGUACUUUCUCCAGUCCAACAAUUCAAACAUUUCUGCAGAAGAAUACAAUGAGAAUGCAAGAAACUUCAAAAAUGGAACCGAAAAGCAACCCCCAUCCCUACUCCCUCUCCGCGGUGAGCUCGCUUGCCCCCCUAGCGAUCCUCUCUCUCGUAUCCUCGUCUAAGAGCCGCUCCUCUCCUCUCCUCUCCUCGUCUCUCUCUCCUCUUCCUCUCCCUCUCCUCUCCUCCUCUCCUCUCCUCUCCUCUCUCCUUUCCUUUCUACACCCUCGCCUCCCCUUCUGUGUCCUCUACUAGCUCCCCCUAACACCCUGAAUAUUGGUGUCGGGGGUGAGUCGUCGGCCCUGCGUAAGCGCCGUACGCUGGUAGCCCCGGACAUGAACGUGUCAUUGGACCAGAGCGAGGGUUCCGUCCUGUCAAAUGACUUUCUAGGUAACCCUGACGACCUGGACAUCAACGUGGACGACAUGGACACGCCUGACGACGACUCCCUGGAGUUCAUCACCAACGGCAACGAGCUGGAGUGGGAAGGUCAGACAGGGGUCAGGGGUCACAUGGUCUGGGUGGAAUGGGAAUGGGGUGGGGGGGGGGGGGGGGACACAGACAUGUGACAAGAGUAGUGAUUUUCAUGGAAACAAGACAUGAAUACAAUACACACUUGACCAAAUUGGUGGUUUAAAGGUACAAUUAGGACAUCAUUUUCAGAACAAUCAAGACAAGUGAGCAACUCCCCUUCAGGAUUUCAUGUUCUCUGAUGAAACUGAGAUGCAAGUAUAUUAAGAGGAUCCUUGUUGUUUUCAGACGACACUCCUAUAGUGAGUUCCAAGGGUCUGACUGGAAGCCAGACAGAGGAGGAGGAGGCAGGCAGACUGUGGAGGACAGUGAUCAUAGGAGACCAGGAACAGAGGAUAGACAUGGCUGUCAUCAGACCAUACCUAAGGGUGGUCACACACGGAGGUUGGUGUCAGGGGAUGGAGGUGACUGUGUGUGUGUGUGUGUGUUCUGAAAUGAACAGUCAUUAUUCACCCUUUUCUCCUUUCAAUUCAAUUCAAUUUAAGGGCUUUAUCAGCAUGGGAAACAUAUGUUAACAUUGCCAAAACAAGUUAAAUAGAUAAUAAACAAAAGUGAAAUAAACAAUAAAAAAAUUAAAAUAAAAUAACAGUAAACAUUACACUCACAAAAGUUCCAAAAUAAUAAAGACAUUUCAAAUGUCAGAUUAUGUAUAUAUAUAUAUAUAGUGUUGUAACAAUGUGCAAAUAGUUAAAGUACAAAUGGGAAAAUAAAUAAACAUAAAUAUGGGUUGUAUUUACAAUGGUGUUUGUUCUUCACCGGUUGCCCUUUUCUUGUGGCAACAGGUCACAAAUAUUGCUGCUGUGAUGGCACACUGUGGUAUUUCACCCAACAGAUAUGGGAGUUUAUCAAAAUUGGGUUUGUUUUCUAAUUAUUUGUGGAUCUCUGUAAUCUGAGGGAAAUAUGUGUCUCUAAUAUGGAGGUUAGGAAGUGCAGCUCAGUUUCCACCUCAUUUUGUGGGCAGUGUGCACAUAGCCUGUCUUCUCUUGAGAGCCAGGUCUGCCUACAGCGGCCUUUCUCAAUAGUAAGGCUAUGCUCACUGAGUCUGUACAUAGUCAAAGCUUUCCUUAAUUUGGGGUCAGUCACAGUGGUCAGGUAUUCUGCCACUGUGUACUCUCUGUUUAGGGCCAAAUAGCAUUCUAGUUUGCUCCGUUUUUUUGUUAAUUCUUUUCAAUGUGUCAAGUAAUUCUCUUUUUGUUUUCUCAUGAUUUAGUUGGGUCUAUAUGUGUUGCUGUCCUGGGGCUCUGUGGGGUCUGUUUGUGUUUGUGAACAGAGCCCCAGGACCAGCUUGCUUAGGGGACUCUUCUCCAGGUUCAUCUCUCUGUAGAUGAUGGCUUUGUUAUGGAAUGUUUGGGAAUCGCUUCCUUUAAGGUGGUUGUAGAAUUUAACGGCUCUUUUCUGGAUUUGGAUAAUUAGCGGGUAUCGGCCUAAUUCUGCUCUGCGUGCAUUAUUUGGUCUCUCUACCUCUCCCUCUUCCUCUCUCAGGUUACUAUGGUGAGGGUCUGAAUGCCAUCAUCGUGUUUGCGGCUUGUUACCUGCCAGAGAGCAGCUGUGAGGACUACACUUACAUCAUGGAGAACCUCUUCCUGUAAGAACCCACACCAAGCUCCUUCAUGGUGAAAAUAACAGCCGUUGUCCCAAGAGCCAUACAAUAGCUAGGGCCAGGAGUUCUACCUGACCACAUGUGAUCUGGGCAGGAAAACUCCAGAGACCUUGUUAAAGUCUGUGACUGGAGUUUUUUCCUAGUCAGGUUGCAUGGUCAGGAACAACUCCAGGCCUUAUACAGAAUCAGUGGAUUUGAAUUUGAGCUGUCCUCCUUCACAAAGUCAUAUAUUUAACUUUUUUUUUUUACAUCUGCAUUAUUUUAAUUUUUUUUAACCCAAUCAGAUUUGAUGUGGGUUGUAAUGUGCUGUGUGUUGUCUCCUCGUCAGCUUUGUUAUCAGUAGCCUGGAGUUGUUGGUGGCUGACGACUACAUGAUCAUCUAUCUGAACGGAGCUACGCCUCGCAGGAGGAUGCCUGGUAUCAGCUGGCUAAAGAGGUGCUACCACACCAUCAACAGGAGGUAAACGAUAACUUACAGAAUGCACCUUUAAAUGUUGUGUCAGGUUCAUUGUAUUUAUCGUGUGUAAUGUCAUGUUUACGAUGUGUUUAUAGAUGUGUAAUGUCAUGUUUAUGAUGUGUUUAUAGAUGUGUAAUGUCAUGUUUACGAUGUCCUUAUAGAUGUGUAAUGUCAUGUUUAUAAUGUCCUUAUAGAUGUGUAAUGUCAUGAUUAUAAUGUCCUUAUAGAUGUGUAAUGUCAUGUUUACGAUGUCCUUAUAGAUGUGUAAUGUCAUGUUUAUAAUGUCCUUAUAGAUGUGUAAUGUCAUGAUUAUAAUGUGCUUUUAGAUGUGUAAUGUCAUGUUUAUGAUGUGCUUAUAGAUGUGUAACCUAUGCUGUAUGAACAUACAGUUAAUGUAAAUCGUAUUUUAAUGUCAUCUGCAGGUUGAAGAAGAAUCUGAAGUGGCUGGUCAUUGCUCACCCGUCCUGGUUCAUCCGUACAGUCUUGGCCAUCUCCAGACCCUUUAUCAGGUAAGACCCCUGAUCGUCAUCAUCAUCACUGCACCUGGGGAGGGCAUGGGAGCCUGGAGGAGCAGCCUCGGGACUCAGAGGGAGGAGCAGCCUCGGGACUUAGAGGGAGGAGCAGCCUCGGGACUUAGAGGGAGGGCAUGGGAGCAGGGAGGAGCAGCCUCAGGACUCAGAGGGAGGAGCAGCCUCGGGACAUAGAGGGAGGAGCAGCCUCGGGACUUAGAGGGAGGGCAUGGGAGCAGGGAGGAGCAGCCUCGGGACAUAGAGGGAGGGCAUGGGAGCAGGGAGGAGCAGCCUCGGGACAUAGAGGGAGGAGCAGCCUCGGGACUUAGAGGAGGGCAUGGAGCAGGGAGGAGCACCUCGGGACAUAGAGGGAGGAGCACCUCGGGACUUAGAGUGAGGGCAUGGAGCAGGAGGAGCAGCCUCGGGACUUAGAGGGAGGGUAUGGAGCAGAGGAGCAGUCCUCGGACUUAGAGGGAGGGCAUGGGAGCAGGAGAGCAGCCUCAGGACUCAGAGGGAGAGCAGCCUCGGGACUUAGAGGAGGGCAUGGAGCAGGAGGAGCAGCCUCGGACAUAGAGGGAGGCAUGGGAGCAGGGAGGAGCAGCCUCGGGACAUAGAGGAGGAGCAGCUCGGGACUUAGAGGGAGGGCAUGGGAGCAGGGAGGAGCAGCCUCGGGACUUAGAGGGAGGGCAUGGAGCAGGGAGGAGCAGCUCGGACUUAGAGGGAGGGCAUGGGAGCAGGGAGGAGCAGCCUCGGGACUUAGAGGGAGGGCAUGGGAGCAGGGAGGAGCAGCCCCAAGGAGGACGCAGCCUCGGGACUCAGAGGGAGGAGCAGCCUCAGGACUUAGAGGGAGGGCAUGGGAGCCUGGAGGAGCAGCCUCGGGACAUAGAGGGAGGAGCAGCCUCGGGACUUAGAGGGAGGAGCAGCCUCAGGACUCAGAUCCUUUCUGAGAUGUGAACCUAAAGAACCAUUAGAGCAAACAAUGUUAAUCUGGUUCUAAUAUUUCAUGGACAGACUCCCGUAAGAUAACUGGUAUCGCAUCUGACCCAAUUAUGCAAGAUUUUAGUUCUGGGCUUCCGAGAUUAAUGUGAUUCAGACUAUAAAAUAUACUUUCCUCUCUCCAUCCAUCUGUCUCUCUCCGCUGCAGUGUCAAGUUCAUGGACAAGAUCCGUUAUGUUCACACAUUGGAUGAGUUGAGCCAGCUGAUCCCUAUGGACCACAUACAGAUUCCAGAAUGUGUCCUG